AGGAUUUUGAUUUCCAUACUGCGGCGGCGACGAGACUGGUUGGCUCUCUUGUCCUAUAGUUCGAAAGAACCAUCGGUGACUCCGGAGGAACAUAAUGCACUCCCACUGUCAAGAGGGACGAUAGAUAAUUCUGGAUCUCGUUUCCUAACCACAAAUGUCAACGGACAAUCCUCUCUGGAACAACCCGCUCACGAGGAGCUCCCGGAGAGAAGGCACUGUCUUCUCACGGUCGUCGACUCGUGAGAGGCAACUAAAUGAGGAGGAAGCACUGCUGUGGGCCGCACUUGAGAAGCUGCCUACGUACAACCGGUUGAGAACUUCAAUUCUCAAAGAUGUGUCUGGUAGCAGGCUUGAACAGGUCGAUCUUUCAAAGCUCGGUGUUGAGCACAAGCAGAGGAUUGUGCAGACGAUAAUUGGGAUUGGCGAAGAAGACAACGAGCUGUUCUUGUCCAAGUUACGGGAUAGGAUUGACAGGGUCGGCUUAAAACUCCCUGAGAUUGAAGUUCGUUUCAAACACCUUCAUGUCGUUGCACGCGUUCACGUUGGAAGCAGGGCUUUGCCAACGCUAUGGAACACAACACUCAACUGGAUAGAGAGCAUACUGGACAUGGUGCGCCUUGUUCCCACCAGGAAAAGAUCCCUUACCGUCCUAAACAACAUUAGCGGGAUAAUAAAACCAUCGAGGAUAACACUGCUCCUUGGACCUCCCGGAUCUGGAAGAACCACAUUUCUUCUCGCUCUUUCUGGGAAGCUCAGCGAUGACUUGAAGGUAACUGGAAGUGUUACCUACAAUGGUCAUGAAUUACACGAGUUUGUGCCUCAAAGAACUGCUUCAUACACAAGUCAAAAUGACGUACACCUUGGCGAACUGACAGUACGGGAGACAUUUGACUUCUCAUCGCGCUGCCAAGGUGUUGGCUCUUCAUACGAAAUGUUAUCUGAACUGGCCAAGCGUGAGAGAGCAGCAGGAAUCAAGCCAGAUCCAGAUAUCGAUGCGUUUAUGAAAGCCUCAGCCAUUCAAGGCCAAAGAACAAGUAUAGUUUCCGACUAUGUUCUCAAGAUUCUGGGUCUCGACAUUUGCGGAGACAUCUUUGUGGGGAAUGACAUGUUGAGAGGAAUUUCCGGAGGUCAGAAGAAAAGAGUCACUACAGGGGAGAUGCUUGUUGGGCCCGUAAAAGCAUUUUUCAUGGACGAGAUUUCUACUGGUCUGGACAGCUCAACAACUUAUCAGAUUGUCAAGUGUCUCAAGCAAUCCGUUCAUGCAACGAGUGGCACUAUGGUCAUCUCAUUACUGCAGCCGGCGCCUGAAACAUAUGAUCUGUUUGACGACGUUAUUCUCUUGUCCGAGGGCCAAAUCGUAUACCAAGGACCUCGUACUAAUGUUCUUGAAUUCUUCGAGGCUCAGGGAUUCCGAUGUCCAGAAAGAAAAGGCGUCGCUGAUUUCCUACAAGAGGUGACUUCGAGAAAAGAUCAAAGUCAAUACUGGGCAUUGGAUGAGCCAUAUUCAUACGUCUCCGUGGAGGACUUCGUUGAAGCGUUUAAAAAAUUUAGCGUGGGUCAGCAACUUGUAUCGGAGUUAUCACGACCGUUUGACAAGUCAACCAGCCAUCCCGCGGCUCUGGUUACCGAGAAAUUCUCAUUAACAAACUGGGAACUGUUUCAGGCAUGCCUUGCCAGAGAAUGGCUGUUGAUGAGAAGAAACUCGUUCCUCUUCAUUUUCAAGGCUAUACAGAUUAGCAUUGUUUCAGUCAUCGGGAUGACAGUCUUUUUGCGUACCGAAAUGCAUCAUGAAACCGUCGGGGAUGGAAACAAGUACCUUGGUGCUUUGUUUUAUGGCCUGCUCAACGUAGCCUUCAAUGGGAUGGCUGAAAUGGCCAUGACCGUCGUCUAUCUUCCAGUUUUCUACAAGCAGAGAGACCUCUUGUUCUAUCCUGCUUGGGCGUAUGCACUGCCAGUCAUACUUUUGAAAAUCCCGGUGUCUGUUAUGGACUCUGCAAUAUGGACCGUCAUCACUUACUAUGUUAUAGGCUUUGCACCAGAGGCUAGCAGGUUUUUCAAGCAGUUCCUCCUCUUCAUUUGUCUCCAUAUUAUGUCGCUGGGAUUGUUUCGCAUGGUUGGCGCACUGUCUCGAACUAUAGUUGUGGCAAACACUCUAGGCUCUUUCCAGUUCCUGCUUAUGUGCGCACUAGGAGGCUUUAUCUUGUCCAGAGAGAACAUUCCAAAUUGGCUAACUUGGGGUUACUGGAGUACACCGCUGUCUUAUGCGCAGAAUGCACUCUCUGCCAACGAGUUUCUUGCCCAUCGCUGGCAAAGACCUUCUAAUUCUUCAGAUACUGUUGGAGUUGCUUUCAAAAGACUAAAGACAAAGACAUUUCAGUUCUCCGAGGCCAGUAAAACCUGGGAUAGCGUGGAAGGGAUGGAAAUGGCAUUGGCAACUAAAACAGGGAUGGUGCUGCCGUUUCCUCCCCUGUCAAUUUCUUUCUCCCAUGUCAACUAUUACGUUGACAUGCCUUUGGAAAUGAAGAAGCAAGGAGUGUCUGACGACAAGCUGCAGCUGCUACAAGACAUUACUGGAGCCUUCCGACCAGGAGUUCUUACGGCACUCGUUGGCGUGAGUGGUGCUGGAAAGACAACGUUGAUGGACGUCCUUGCAGGCAGAAAGACAGGUGGUUACAUCGAGGGAAGCAUCAAUAUCUCCGGGUUUCCCAAAAAGCAAGAGACGUUUGCUCGAAUCUCUGGAUACUGCGAGCAAAAUGAUAUUCACUCCCCAUAUGUGACAGUAAGAGAAUCAGUUACUUACUCGGCAUGGCUUCGUCUGUCUCAAGAGAUUGACAGCAGAACCAGAAAGAUGUUUGUUCAAGAAGUCUUAAAUCUUGUGGAGCUCACUCCCGUCCAGAAUGGUCUUGUUGGCCUUCCUGGGGUCAACGGGCUUUCCACCGAGCAGAGGAAGCGGCUGACAAUUGCAGUGGAGCUUGUUGCGAAUCCGUCCAUCAUUUUUAUGGAUGAACCAACAUCGGGAUUGGAUGCAAGAGCUGCGGCGGUGGUCAUGCGCGCCGUCAGAAACACUGUCAAAACCGGCCGAACCGUUGUCUGUACCAUACAUCAACCGAGUAUUGAUAUCUUCGAAAUGUUUGAUGAGCUCUUGCUGAGUGAAAUCGUGGAGGCCAUACAAAUCCCCGUGUGGUGGCAGUGGUAUUACUGGAUUUCUCCCGUUGCAUGGACUCUAUACGGCUUGAUAACUUCCCAGCUCGGAGACGUGAAAUCCUUCAUGCAAAUACCAGAGCAAGCACCAGUCCGAGUGGAGGAUUUUAUCAGGGACCGGUUCAACUUUCGCUACGACUUUCUGGGCCUCAUGGCCGGCGUGCAUGUGGCAUUUGUCAUCCUUUCUAUCCUCGUCUUCGCGUUUUGCAUCAAGCACUUCAACUUUCAGCGGCGUUAA